GCAAGCCAUGACAUCUCUUUACUUUGACCUUUUCCUCUUUCUUCUCCAUUGCUCGCUUGCUUCGCCUUUGAUUUUUAACGGACUCCGAUGCAGCCCAAUAGUUUACUUGGGCCUGCUGAUCUUUUGAUCGGAGGCCCGUUGCCUGCAUAGAUCAGCGCUGACCUACGUUCUAUAAAGGGAACAAUCUCAUCGUCGCACUCGCACCGCACGUCUAAAUUCAAUAUACUACUGUAUAGAUUUAAUUCAUUCUCAUAAAAAAUGGCAGACCAAAAUAGGACAGUCGUUUGUGUAACGGGGGCAGGAGGUUUCGUUGCUUCAUGGCUCAUCAAGCUUCUUCUCGCUAAAGGCUACAUUGUUCGUGGGACCGUUAGAGAUCCCGAGAAUGAAAAGAAUGCUCAUUUAUGGAAAUUAGACAGAGCAACAGAGAAUCUGAAACUCUUCAAAGCGGAGCUACUGGACUAUAAUGCUCUAUAUUCUGCAAUCGAAGGCUGCUCUGGAGUUUUCCAUGUUGCCAGCCCACUCCCCUCCUCUGCUGUUCAAAAUCCCGAGAUGGAAUUGAUUGAGCCUGCUGUAAAGGGCACACUUAACGUACUCAAAGCCUGCCUUGAGGCAAAUGUAAAUCGAACUAUUGUUGUGUCCUCUGGAGCUGCUGUUUCCAUGAAUCCUAGCUGGCCUAAGGAUCAAGUGAAGGACGAGAGUUGUUGGUCUGAUAAACAAUUCCAAAAGAAACUCGACAACUGGUAUGGUCUUUCAAAAACAGAAGCAGAAGCUGCUGCUCUGGAUUUUGCAGAAACAAGUGCGCUUGAUGUUGUAAGAGUAUGUCCUGUACUUGUUUUGGGACCAAUCUUACAGUCCACAGCAAAUUCAAGCACCUUGUUUCUCAUUAGGCAAUUGAAAGGAGGGCGCGAAUCGAGUGACAACCGGCUUCAGAAAAUAGUAGAUGUUCGUGAUGUUGCUGAAGCACUGCUUCUGGCAUAUGAAAAACCUGAGGCUGAAGGAAGAUACAUAUGUGCAGCACACAUGAUCAUGGCAAAAGAUCUGGUAGACAAACUGAAGAGUCUAUAUCCUGACUACAAAUAUCCAAAAAGCUUUGUCGAGGGACAUGAGGAACCAAAGAUGAGUUCAGAGAAGUUGCAGAAGCUUGGUUGGAGUUACAGACCACUUGAGGAGACUCUCAUUGAUUCCAUUGAAAGCUACCGAGCAGUUGGACUACUGAACUAAAUAGAAAAUUCCGGCAUUGUCCGUGUGGUCUUACCUGCUCAUUGCUCUUUAGUGUGUACUAGGCGACUGUGAGCAGCUGUAAGCAGACUACGAUCGGUCAAUGUUGUUGCUCUAAUUCGGUUAAUGUAAUGAAAACAUAAUUUGUCUUGCAGCUGCAGGGUCAUUACUUUUUAUGUAUGUAUUCUACCAAGAUCAUUAUGCAAUUUUAGCCAACUCUGUAACAGCCUGUUUGAGAAGUGGGAAAGGCCCGAAAUUCAAAUGCAAGAGAAAGAAAGGAAAGUGGGGUGGGUAAAUAAGUUUUCCCCUGUUA